GUAGGUGAGGGAACCAGGAAGUUCUUUACCACAACCAUAAUAACCUAUAAAAUGGCAUCUAUCGUGUCUAAUUGUGUACUUAAAGUUCUUUGUGAUAACCACGGAUCUAUGGUUUUCGGGCAACUUGACAAUAUAUUACGACAGAGCAUUACAACUGAUGAUCGGGUACUUUUGCGUGUGUUGUCAGAUGAGGCGAAAUUCUUUGUUGUGGAAGACAAACAGAAGAGCUCCGCCGAUACAAUUUUUAGCCCUGAAAGUUUGGUCAUAGCGAAAACAUUGCUUCGUGUUUGCAAAAACCAAGACAAAUGUGACGAAUGUGAAGAGCUGCACUUGUGUCGAUAUUUGGUAUGCGGUAACUGUAAAUUCGGCACUAAUUGCAAAAGGUCCCAUGACUUGAAAUCUCUGCAUAAUUCUGCACUUCUGGGAAAAUUUGAUCUUCAGUACCUUGAAACAGAACAAGUGUUUCAACUUUUGCUGCAGAAUGACCCUUCCCUUGUUCCAGAGGUUUGCUCUCACUAUAAUAAGGGGAAUGGCAAACAUGGAAGUUGUAAAUAUGAGAUAUCCUGCACCAACCUGCACCUCUGCCAACACUUCUUACAGGAUAACUGUAAAUUUGGAGCUGCUUGCAAACGGGCUCAUUCAUUUGAUGCAAAUGCUAUGAAAAUGCUGAAUGGCAGAGGGUUCAGUCCAAAAAAUCUUCAAAUCCUUCACAAAAUUUGCAAGAACAAACUUCUCCUUGAUGGUAAUUACAAAAAACCUAUCUCCAAAGGCACAGACAAAGUAGGCAGUACUGCAGGCAGUAUCCCAGCACCUCUGGGAGGCAGACAAUUCAGCAGUCAGCAAUCCAGUUCCUACUGCAGUGGGUCAGACCACAAUGAAAUCUGCCUUUUCUAUGUUCGCAAAGGAUGCAGUUUCAAAGAGAAAUGUGUCCGUAUUCAUCAUAAUCUGCCUUAUAAAUGGGAGAUUUUAGACAAAGAUGGGGUAACUUGGAGGCCCUUGCCUAGAGAAGAUGAUAUUGAGAGGGCUUACUGUAACCCAGCCAGUGACAUAAGUUCUGGGCUUCAGCCGGUGAACUUCCUAACUAUGAAAUGUGCAGGAUCACAGGUUCGUCGUCUGUCCACAGCUUCCUCCGUUACAAAACCUCCUCACUUCAUCCUGACCACAGAGUGGCUCUGGUACUGGAAGAAUGACCAAGGAGCAUGGACUGAAUAUGGACAAGGGGAGGAUGCCAAACUUUUGUCCCCAGUCACCUCGAAUGCCUUGGAGAAUGUGUAUCUUGCAGAAGUUGAUACUGAAAUUCCAUUCACCUUGGGGAAUAAUAACUAUGUGAUAUUCCUGAAAGAUAUGUAUCAAAUAAACAUAAAAUACAAGACAAAAAGAGACAUUAGAAGGAGGCCACGAUUCAUUUCAUCAGAAGAUGUUAUGAGAAAAUUGAAAAGUGAAGGUUCAGAAAGCUCCAGCUCCUCCUCUGUGGUGGUUCCUGCACACUGGGAUAGUGGAGCCUUACCCAGCUACUCCUACAACAUUGUUCAUCUGACAUCAUCUGCACCUGAGUACAAAAGAGUAGAGAUGCUGUUUAAAAGGACAAUGCCUACAAGCAAAAUCCACAGCAUCCAGAGAGUACAGAAUCCUUCUCUCUGGAAGGUUUUUCACUGGCAGAAAGAGCAGAUGAAGGAGAGGAACGAAGGGAGAGACGUGGAUGAGCGGUACCUGUUCCAUGGUACAGAUGAGUCUCUAAUAGCGCCUAUUUGUGAGCAGAACUUUGACUGGAGGGUCUGUGGUGUUCAUGGAUCACUUUAUGGGAAAGGAAGUUACUUUGCCAGAGAUGCCAAAUACUCAGAUAAGUAUGUGAAACGAGGAGUCAAGUCAGACUAUAAGAUGAUGUUUGUUGCACUCGUGCUUGUGGGGGAAUUCACCAAAGGGACCAGCAAGUACCUGCGACCUCCACAGAAGAAAGGGAAACUGGGCUUUUAUGACAGUUGUGUGGACAAUGAACUCAACCCUGCAAUUUUUGUUAUUUUUGAAAAGUACCAAAUCUACCCUGAGUACAUAAUUAAGUACUCUUAAGAGCUAGAAAUACACAUAGGUAUCUGCUGUAGCAAGAUAAAAUGGUAAGACUACGGUUUAUCUUAAUCUCAUUCACAUAAAAAUUGCCUGUAGAGGGCUAUUUUUGAAAUGUGGGGAAAAACAGACAAAUUUGUUAACAAAUCUGCUUUUUUUUUCUGUUGACCUAAUACUUUAGUCACUUAUUUUUUUUACACCAAUUGAUUUAGAAGGUAUAUGUGGUUAGAAUGUAAAGGGUUCUGUCACUCAGUGUUUAGAUUUGAUCUGUUGUGUUGUUAUUAAUCACACUCUAAAAUCUGAAAUUCUGACUAUAUAAAUUCAGAAGAAAAUAAAUGACGAUUCUAAAUUGCC